AUGGAUAAUCUCAACUCAGAUAUUCUUGUUGGCCAGGGUACCACCGACACCCUAGGUUUCUUCAAUUUUCACAAUAAAUCGCUCAUUCCCAGUAUCCUUCGACUGAAGUCAAGAGCAAACUUGGCCGCAAUCUGUCUGAUGUUUCCGAUUGUGUCGCUGGUGUUGAAGCCCAAGCUGACAUUGAUUAACGAGAAAAUGCAGGACAGGAGCGCGAGCAAGCUAGAAUCGCGAAGCUCUCCGGGUCCACGAAAGAACGAGCGCAAGUGCUUGAAGACGUGGCUAUCCAAACUCUUGGAAGCGAAAGACAAAAGCGUUUUUCGCCUCUCUCUGAACCCAGGGAGUCUCUUCCCUCUAUUCGAAUUACCUUCUGGGACACAAGAAAUUCAGCAGGACCCGCUACGGCUUUUCAGGCCUCUUCAGCGAGGAUUCGAUCACGAUUCACCCCUAUAG